AACCGGCCCCGUAUUCUGCAGCCUCGCUAGUCACCUCCUGUGUCCGCAUACAUACACACACACUCCGGCCUCCAGUCCCUGUAUCCUGUGUCUCGAAAGCCUCGCGUUUCUAAGAUACAUUCCCUUGAUCUGAGGCUCUGUGUCUCAAGUGCGUGAAAGAUAGAGUUAUAUAUUUUAUAUAUAUUUAUAUUUCAAUCAGUUUAUCUCACGUGGUUGUUUUAUCAUGAUGUGUGACGCCAUUGUACAGUGAUAAGAGGCUCGUGUGUUGUUUUGGGUCGUCUGGUUGUUCCGGCAUAACCGCCUCCUGGCGCUAGGAAGAAAAGAGUACGGGAAUCACAUCAUUUGGGCCACUAAGCAUCACAACCAGCCACGGGGCACCAGGAGAUGGGGGGGGAGUGGAGAGGUGGUGGGUGGGUGUUGGUGAUGGUGGUGAUAGGGCAGGCGGUGUGCUGUGGUGGCUUCCUGUGGGGUGCCACAGAGGUCCUGCAGCUCUGCCCCUCCACCUGCCGCUGCCCCACCAAGCUCCUCCCAGCAAGCAGGAACGGCAUCGAUUGUCGCGACGCCAACAUCACCAGUCUUCCAGAUCAAAUGGAGGUUCCCGCUCAGUACACCAGAAUUGACUUCUCCAGGAACCACAUCUCCAGCCUCUCCGUGUCUACCUUCAGCGACUCGAGCUCGCUGGUGUCCCUCGACCUCUCGGACAACGAACUGGAGACCAUCGACGCUCUGGUCUUCCAGCCGCUCAAGGUCCUCGCUACGCUCCUCCUCAAGAACAACAAGUUAAAAACCAUCGACACAAAUGCGUUCUUUGGGCUCCACAACCUGACCCGGCUAGACCUUAGCUACAACAAGAUCGAGGACCUACCCGCGGAGGUGUUGUGGCCGCUGGUGAACCUGGAGGAGCUACGGCUGGCGUUCAACCCGCUGGUGACCCUCAGCCCGUCCUUACUGGCCCAGAACACUGCCCUCACCAAGCUAGACCUUGCCGCCCUCAAACUGUCUAGUCUACCAAAUGACUUCUUCCACCCCAACCUCACGAGUCUGCAGGAGGUGUCCCUGGCUGUCAACAACAUGACCGUCGUCCCCGCCAAGGCUCUCUUCCUCCUGCGCGACUCCCUCGUCACCCUCGACCUCUCUGGUAACCCCAUACAGUCCCUGGGAGCCUACUCCUUCUUCAACCUCACAAACUUACGGACGCUCAUUUUGGAGAGAUUCUUGCUACUGGAGACCAUUGAGGCCUACGCCUUUGGGGACCUGGACAGCCUGGAGACCGUCGUCCUCCGCUACAUGCCCAGGAUCAAGUACAUCCAUCCAAAAGCCUUCCACGAGCAGGUGAUAGAUCCUCAGACAGGCCACCAGGUAGACAAGGCGAUCAUUGUAGAAGAUUUCACCUUCUCGUUCUCCAUCUUGGCGACACUUCCGGAGGAUCUGCUACCCUGGCAGCACCUUCGUCAGGUCCGCCUUGAAUACAACCACUGGAACUGUGACUGUCGGAUGAAGUGGGUCAAGGCUUCGCCACUAAUGAAUCUCGUCGACAAUAGAAUGUUGUGUUCACAACCUCUGCGCCUGCGCGGUCACCGCCUCAAGUAUGUAAAGGAGGAGGACCUCAGAUGUGACCCACAGACUCAUUCACAGAUCAAGUCCUUUGGGUUUCUAGUGGGGCUGAUGGUGGCUGGGUUGGGCGUGAGCCUGGCGACGGUGUCGCUGCUGGUGUAUUGGCGUCACGGGUGGCUGUGUCGCCGCCCUCAGGGAGCCUACAGCAGGAUCCAGCGGGGUCCCUCCACCAUCACCGUAGCCGACGAGAUCGAGUACGACAACUCUCGCUCUCAGGAGAAUGACAACACUGGCGCUUAGAAGUGAGGCAACACCCAUACUCAUGAGAACAACACCGGCGCUUAGAGUACGACAACACUUGCGCUCGGUUGUCAGCAAUAACAACACCGGCGUUGCCAACGAUAACAACACCAGAGUUUUUUAAUUUUCAUUAAUUUAUUAUGUACCCCAUACCCAUCCCGUGUGCGGUGGUAGAAAGGGUUCAGGAACGCCUUUCCAUAUUUGUCUCUUAAUGCAUGAUAGAACUGACGAGUUAGCCAAAACUUUUGCUUGUAAAGUGGGAAUUGAUUACCAUCUUGGACUGCAUUUGAGCAGCCUGAGGUCAGUAAUUAUCCGGAAACAGUAACAAAAUCAAGUAGACUUGAGGCGAAGUGAAAUUAACACUAGUUCCUCCAUCUAUCAUUCUAUUAUGCAGGAAGACCCGCACGUCUAUGGGUCAUCCAAUAAGGUUAGCAGACUUCUAGAUGUUACCACUGCUAGGGUUUGCAUCAUCUGCCGAUGUAGAUUUGACUAAAUGUAAACUCUGUCAGCAGACGUAUUCACUUAUUUUUGCGUUGUUAUAUAAUGGAAUGUGAAAUAUUCGCGGAAUUCAGAGAUAACACCAUCAAUGGUGUCCAAGAAAUGUGUAAGUAUUUCAAUCAUAAUGAUGUACUGCCAGGAAUCUUAGCGAAGUAUCCAAAAUUUGCUUACUGUAGGUGCAGCCUGCACAUGACUGUAACACCGGCGUUCCCAACGAUAGCAAAUGGUAUGGGGAACAUUAACUUCCAUGAGCCAUGUUGUCCUUGUUUACUCACAUAGUGCUUAUUGAAACUUGGAAGACAAGCAGAUGUACACAGUGACGUGUUCUCAGUUUACACAUCUCAAACGUCUACACUUCAUUAAACGUAAUGAGCGUGUAUAAGUUAACUUUGUAAAUAAGUAACAAAUGUAGAUAAUAUCAAACUGCAACACUUUUGACUGAUAUACAAUUAGAGAGAUUUUCCUGAAAUCAUUAUUACAAAUAUUUUCGGUACCUCGUUUUGUCGUAGCCUUUAGAGUCUAUAAAAUAGUUAACUGUAUUUAAAGUGAAUACACAGUCUGGUCCAUGUAACCGGAUAUCAGUUGGCAGAGUUCAGCUCCACGAAGCCAGAGAUCACUGUAAGGAAAAACCUUUAUAAGAACAUUUGUGUUAUAGAAUUUAUUCAUAUAACUGAUCCUUAUUUUGUUUCAAAAUGGUUUUAUCUUUUAUCUAUAUUUAUUUAUCUAUAAGCCUAUAGGUCACAUUCAUGUGCUCGAUAGGCCUAUAGAGGUUACAUAUAUUUGUUGGGUCACAUGUGUUAGGAUAGGCUUAGAAGUCACAUACAGCUCUUAUUGAGUAACAAAGUAUGGAACUUAGAAUUAUCCUCAUACGUUCAUACCAUAUUUCCACGGUACCCAUGUCGACCCGGUGCUUGACCCGGGUACCUAAAGGUUGCUGUUUGAAGGCCCACACCGACCUUCUUAUGACUGUCAGUGGUCAAGAAAUUAUAGGGACUUAGGCAGCUACUCUCCAACGAUUUCGUUGUGCGGGGGAGUUACAAUUAAUAUAUUUUUGUAUUAAUUUUAUUACAUUGUGUUACAGUUUACAGAAAACACACACACACAUAUAACAAUCAUUGUUCGAAGACCUCAUCCAGCUCUUCGGCGGUGGAAUGCGUGCUCAAGAUACAGCAGGCAUUUCCUCUCUGGAUCGCGACACUGAGACACACACACACACACACACACACACACACACACACAUAUAUGUGUGUGUGUGUGUGUAGCGCUUAAUGUCCAGCGGCUAUGUCGUUCUUUUGGGGGAUUGGAAAUAGCCUCACUAUAGUUGAUUUGAGGUGGGGUUUGUUCUCUCCUGGUCAUGGACAUUCCCUAAGAACGGGCUGCUUGCCUAUAACUCCGGACAGACACAUUCUGUUUUAUAGUAAUAGAUAUACUGUACUGUAUAUAAAGAAAGUGCUGUAAUUAUAUUCCUUUUAAGCAAACUGAAAAAUAAAAAAAAAUCUUUCGUUCCUUUUCAAGAAAGUGAACUUAUAUAUAUACUACAAUUAGUUUGCAGUCAUAGUUAGAUCAAUUACUGUAUAAUUACAAUAACUUGAUAGAGACUGCAAUUGUUUUAAACUGGUGUCCCUUGUGAACCUCUGGAAGAAUGGUAGACAGUUGGUGUCGGAUUACACGUAUGUUUCAAUUUUAGCCAACACCUAUAUUGACUUCAGUGUUGCACAUCCAGGCGGUACUGCCACUCACCGGGAAGCAGUCAAUAAUUCAGAGUUAUUAAUCACCACUACAAUUUUGUCCCAAUUGCCUCUUGGUGCUUGGGAUAAAAGUGCUGCUAGUAUUUUUAAAAAGCUGGGUUCUAAGCUAACUGAAACAACUAGAGACCCUAGAGUCUGCCCCACGUAAUCUGGAGAGUUGCACCAAAAUGCCUCCAUUAACACACCCCUUGGGGAGACAUGUAUGCACAGAUUUCGUUUCUUGCCCGCAACGCUAUGCCUAUUAGUGGUUUCAGGUAUUGUAUGUACAAGCUCUAUCAAUAAAUCCAACAUUAUGUUUGUAAAUCAACUAUGUAUGUACUUUCCUGAAUAAAAUUUACUCUACUACUAGAUAGACGGAGUAGUCACAGGGUCCUCCACUAAGAGUUCUUUUGAUAACUUUUUUAUGGGAACACUAAAAGACACCAUCUUCAAAACUAAAUAAAUACCUCACAUCUACUGCAGAUACAUCGAUGAUAUAUAUAUGUGUGAAUUAAAGGAUCUACUUACCCAACACUCAGUGCUUAACUUUACCCCAUGAACCAGGCAUCAAUGAUACACUACCUUUCCUUGAUGUCUACGUGAGAACCAAAGACAACACCUCCACCAUAGAUGUUUAUACUAACCAAGCCAAUAUUGGAAUGUGCAUGAUUUUUCUAUUUAUAUAUACAAGAGUUCUUACAUUGUUGUCAAGCCACUAGCACGCAUAGCGUCUCGGGCAGAUCCUUAAUCCUAAUUUUCCCUGGAAUCGGGAAACCUGCCAAAAUCGAUUAACAACCAGGUACCCAUUCACUGCUGGAUGAACAGAAGCGUGCAGUUAAGGACUGGUGCCUAGUCAAUCCUCUUCGGUCACGAGGAUUGACUACUGACUGACAGAAUGGUAUUUCUGCCCGAAACGCUGCGCGUACUAGUGGCUUUACAAGAAUGUAAUUACUAUGCUAUGUAUCCUCACAAUCCCAAUGUACCUUCUUGUAUAUAAAUAAAUAAAUAAAUAAAUAAAUAAAUAAAUAAAUAAAUAAAUAAAUGGUCACUCCGAAUACCCAGACAGAUACAAGACUAGUGUGAUAAACUCAUUUAUAUGCGGAGCCCCUUACUCAUUGUUCCGACUGCCAUAACAUAUACCAGGAACUGGACACAAGUCUUCAAGUAUUAAUUAACAAUGGGUACACGAACAGAAAAGCCAACCAUUGGAACCGCCUACCCGCAGAAGGCCGUACAUGUCAAAACACUGCUGAAUGUCAAAAUCCAACUUGAUAAAAUCAUCAGAACAAAUGGGGUGACCUUUGACAAACCGCCAGCAUCUUGUCCUCAUGAGGCUACUAGAGUGUAAGUGAUCCCUCAGGUAAAUAAGUGAAGUGAAAGUAUACAAAAAUAAACAUUAUUUUCUAUCUUACUCUAAGUUUUGCUUCAUUUCGUAAAAUAUAAUUGUAUUUUGCUGUUUAUUAUUAUUUAUAUUUUGAAUUACACAUAUAUGGGGCACCAAAAGUUUGUAAUCUGUAAAUAUAUACAGAGUGAUAUCUCAGUUUAUCAAUGUACACCGAUCAAGCAAGGUGUAUCUUGCUUGGUGUAUAUAUAUAUCCCUUCCUGUAUUCCUUGUUUAUAUGUAGUGGUCAUCAGGUAAAUAUUGCUUGUGAAAUUAUUGACUAGAAGACGAUUGUAUUUUACCAGAGAUCAUUGUGGUUCAACUGAAGGGUCUCUUUAUUGAUUUUAGUUUUACAUAAAAUAUUUCAUUUUCUUUGACAACUCUAAAAUAGAACGUGUACAGGUGUAACUUAAAUAAAAAUUUUAUUUUAUUCAUCCCGUU